CGGCCUGCGCGGCGGCGCGCCCUGCAGUCCCCGAGCGAGCGAGCGGCGAGCGGAGGCCGAGCGCGCCCCUUCCCGCCGCGCGAUGCUGCCCUGGACGGCGUUCAGCCUGGCCCUGAGCCUGCGGCUGGCGCUGGCGCGGAGCGGCGCCGAACGUGGCCCCCGAGCAUCGGCCCCCCAGGGGGACCUGCUGUUUCUGUUGGACAGCUCGGCCAGCGUGUCUCAUUAUGAGUUUUCCCGAGUUCGGGAGUUUGUGGGGCAACUGGUGGGCCUGCUGCCCCUGGGCCCCGGGGCUCUGCGCACCAGCCUGGUGCAUGUGGGCAGCCGCCCGUACACCGAGUUCCCCUUCGGCCAGCACAGCUCAGGUGAGGCUGUCCAGGAUGCCAUACGUGCUGCAGCCCAGCGCAUGGGCGACACCAACACUGGCCUGGCGCUGGCAUACGCCAAGGAGCAGCUCUUUGCAGAGGUGGCGGGGGCCCGGCCAGGGGUGCCCAAGGUGCUGGUGUGGGUGACAGACGGCGGCUCCAGCGACCCCGUGGGACCCCCCAUGCAGGAGCUGAAGGACCUGGGUGUCACUGUCUUCAUCGUCAGCACUGGCCGUGGCAACCUCCUGGAGCUGUCAGCUGCUGCCUCAGCACCCCCUGAGAAGUACCUACACUUUGUGGAUGUGGAUGACCUACACAUCAUUGCCCAGCAGCUGAGGGCAUCCAUUCUGGACGCGAUGCGGCCGCAGCAGCUCCGCGCCUCUGAGGUCACGUCCAGCGGCUUCCGCCUGGCCUGGCCGCCCCUGCUGACCGCAGACUCCGGCUACUACGUGUUGGAGCUGGCGCCCAGCGCUGACCCGGGGACCGUGCGUCGCCAACAGCUGCCGGGGAACGCCACGGGCUGGGCCUGGACCAACCUCGACCCCGACACCGACUACAAGGUGGCGCUGGUGCCCGAGUCCAACGUGCACCUCGUGAGGCCGCAGCACCUGCGGGUGCACACGCUGCCCGGUGAGCCCGGCGCGGAGGGCGGGGCCGCGGGCGCGGGGCGGGGCCAGGACGAGACCCCGCCCCCUCCUCUCACGCGCGCUCCCCCGCCACCCCCAGAGGAGGCCGGGCCCGAGCGCAUCGUCGUCUCGCACGCGCGGCCGCGCAGCCUGCGCGUGAGCUGGACCCCGGCGCUGGGCCCGGCCGCGGUGCUCGGCUACCACGUGCAGUACGGGCCGCUGCCGGGCGGCGCGGCGCAGCGCGUGGAGGUGCCCGCGGGCCGCAACGGCACAACGCUGCAGGGGCUGGCGCCCGGCACCGCCUACCUGGUGACCGUGACGGCCGCCUUCCGCUCCGGCCGCGAGAGGGCGCUGUCGGCCAAGGCCUGCACGCCCGACGGCCCGCGCAGCCGCGCCCUGCGCCCCCCGCCGCCGGGGGCAGCGGGUCGGGCGCCGUGAGCCGGAGCCGGCCGCCCCGCCCGCCCGAGGGCCCCCUUCUCCCCAGCCCGGCGGGGCAGCGCGCGCCGCCGGAACCUGGGCCUUGCCCCGCGGCGACUGCGCCCGAACCCCCGUCCCCCCCACCCCGAACUCUCCUGCAGCGGCGGAGGGCCGCCGGCUCGGGCGUCUGCCUUCCAGGACGCGGGGGCCUCGCCUGGCCCCCCAGCCUGACCCUCCGCUGCCGCUGUGGCAGCAGCUCUUGCCAUCGCGACCCCUGCCCUGCCCGGGCCCAGAGCCGGGCGCGCGGUGCUGUCCUUUAGGCAGGAGUUAGCCGGAAGGUGGGCAGGGAGCCUGGGGCGGGCUGAGAACAUCAGAUACAGGACUGGCCUUGAGCCCAGGACAGGAGGCAGCCGAGCGGAGCGGCCGGACCUGUCGCUUGUGAAGAACCAGUCCCUCUGGGGGAAGGGCUGGCAUCGGUUUGAGCGGGCUUGGUCCGGUCGGCCGCUCUGAGUCCAUGCGGCCACUCGGGUCCUAGAUGUUGGUAGAAGGUGGUUGGGGAAGGGCAGGAGCUGGCUCUGGCUGGGUUCCAAAGGCUUUCCGGAGGGGACAGGAUCUGGAGAAGGGCAGGGAGUUGUGGCGGCAGGUUGAUGGUACGGUCAGCAGCUGGGUGAGCAGAAAACUGGGCUUUACCAGGGCGUUCAGUUGGCCUGAGGGGUAGUGCCUGCUGGGGACAGUGGCCCUGCCUUCCUGCCCAGGACCACGCUGGGUCCCCCUGCAGCCACAGAGAUGCAGACCGCACCUUCCCGAAGGAACAGGACCCUGCAAGCCCCAAGGCUAGCGCAUGCACAGGGUGCGUCUGGGUGGUGAGCCCAUGCCUGGGCGGGGACAAACAAGAGUCCCCCGGGGGGGUCACCCCAGCGAUUCUCUCUACAGCAUCUUCUGACCCCCUCUGCUGUCACUGCUACUCUACUGGGGCCACCAGACACGUCGUAAGGGCAGUACCCACUGUCCCCCAGCCCCACCAAGGCCUAUAUUCCUGUCUUCUCCAACUCCGUGCUCACAUUGCCUCUUCCCCACUAACAUCCCAGACUUUGAAGUACAUAAACUAGUUGUAAACUGA